AUGACUAAGCCUCCAGUUCAAGGAGGUAGAGCUUUGGAUGUGAAUCCCCUGUCUGCUUUAAUCCUGCAAGAAUUUGCAGCAAAGGAAUAUAAGUUUAAGAAUAUGGUGCCAAACUCGGCGUCACAGACUGCCUGCAAACCCACCAGUGGUAAAGCACGGGAGAAGCAACUGGCUACGGAGGCCGCUGGCAAGAGUGCGCCUUCUACUGGAGGACUGAAGAACUCUCAUCGUCAGCGGCCAGGUACUGUGGCAUUUUGUGAAAUUCGAAGUUAUCAGCAGUCCGCUGAACUUCUGAUUUGCAAACUUCCCAUCCUGUCUGGUGUGAGAAGUUGCUCAGGACUUCAAACAGAUCUGCACUUCCAGAGGGCAGCUAUUGCUGCUUUGCUGGAGGCAAGUGAGGCCCACCUGGUUGGCCUUUUGAAAACACCAGUCUGUGUGCUAUCCAAGCCAAACGUGUAA